AUGGAUCCUGAAGUACUGGUUAUCAUGAUCAUGCUAUGUCUAUACGAGAUAGUGGAUAAGUGUGAUCAACAAUGGAUCAUCCAUCUCAAAGGGGCCAACGAUUUAAUCAGACUGCGAAGAAAACAGCAAAUAGAAUUAUCGCAGUCAACGGCCCCGUCGGAUCCCGUGACGACUUUUGCAGAGCAAUUUUUUGCCUUUCAGGAUGUCAUGGGUCGAACAGCUUGUGCCAAAGAGGUCUUGUUUGGCACCGACUACUGGAAACCGGACGAACGCAACAUCGAUCUUUGGAUGGGAUGUAGUCCUGAAUUGGUCUCGAUCCUAGCCAAAAUCACAGAUAUGAGUCGAACCAGGAGACAAAAUACAUCCGAGGCGGACAAGGCAUCGUUCUCACUACGUGCGGCGUCCCUUGAGCGCCAACUAGAAAACUUGGUCCAAGAGGUGGGAGAAGGUGACGAAGAAAUGCUCGGCCUGGUUGCAGAUUCUAAGCGAUUGGCUGCCAUGCUUUACUUACACUGCUCUUUAUAUGGGGCUGGGCCUACCACACCUUUGGUGAAGAGUUAUGUGCGCCAGAUCCUACGAGUCGUGUCGGACCUUCUUGACCGUAGAUCGCUGGUCAAUGUGACAUGGCCAGUUUUUGUGGCAGCCGUGGAGCUUGAUCCAUCCGAUGAUGAGCUCUGCCCAGAAUCGGAAAUGGAAUCAGGCUCGGGACGAGCGAUUGUGCUACGUUCCCUGGCAACAUUGGCCGAUUCAACGAUCUCGAACAUUGCUAGAACAAGGGCAGUGAUCACCAAGUUAUGGCAGACACGUGAUUCAGAUUUGAUCAAGGGAACCGCUCUGCAGAAUGAUUACAAUGAUUGGGAAUGGCAUGUUGUGCCAAUCAGCAAUGCCAUGAGUCUAGCGUGA